AGGGAAAAAUAAAUAAUGGCGGCGCACCCGUGCUGACCUCGCUCGGCUUCGGUCCUACCGCCGCCGCGUCGUGGGAGGAGAAGAAUCGAACCGCUUCCCUUCCCCACCCCCCUUCCGGGCCUCUCCGGAGUAUUCCCUCCACCGCUCUCGCCGUCGUCUCCUCGCUCUCCGAUCCCGCCUGCGAAUCCUGGGUUCCCGCAUGGACGACGCCGCCGGCGCGGAGGCCGCCGCCAACGGCGGGAUCGAGGGCUCCGCCGACCCCUGCAGCUCAGGCGCCGCCGCCGGGCACAGGCUCUCCGUCCACCAGAUCGCCGGCGGCGGGAAAGCUGCUGAUAUCAUCUUAUGGAGGCGAGGGCGUGUUACAUUUGGUGUUAUAUUUGGUGCUACUAUGGCAUGGUUGUUGUUUGAGAAGUCUGGGCUGUCAUUCUUGACUAUCUGCUGUGAUAUAUUUCUCAUCUUGAUAAUUGUGCAGUUCAUACGGGUUAAAAUAGCUGGAUUGCUAAAUAGGCAGCCUAGGCCACUACCAGAGUUAGUUUUAUCAGAGGAGAUGGUUAGCAACGCUGCAGCUUCAUUCCGCGUCAAAGUUAACAACAUGCUAAUGAUAGCGCAUGAUAUUACUCUUGGCAAUGACUUCCGGCUCUUUUUCCAGGUUGUGCUUGUCCUUUGGAUGUUAUCUGUGAUCGGCAAUUUCUGCUCUUCUAUCACUCUUGCUUACAUAGGAACCAUUGGUUUGGUCACAAUACCUGCAUUGUACAACAAAUACCAGGGCCAUGUGGAUAGGUAUGCGGGGAUGGUCCACCGGAAUAUAUCAAGGCAUUACAAGAUAGUUGACGAAAAUGUGAUCAGUAGACUACCGAGAAGCUUUAUGAGAGAGAAAGAAGACUGAUACUCGAAAACGUGAGCAUGUGAAGCUACUCAAGUAAUUUUGUACCUACAUUCACGCGGCGUGAAACUUGAGAUUUAGGAAAAUAGAAAAGAAAUGUAGCCUGCUGUAGAUACCGUUGCAAUUUACUCAAGAGCAAUAAAGUUUGAGACGAAAAGGUAUGCAGAAAUAUAUAGCUCGUAUAGUUUUCUGUCA